CCUACCGAGUAAUAACAGGGUGAGGCGGCAGCACGGCGACAGCAGCUGCCAACGUCGGGGCUGAAGGAGGAGAAAGCGGGCUUGAGCUGUGCCAGGACCUUGGAGGAGCUGGGAGACAGCCCACUGCAGAGAUGAAGGGAGAAGCUGGAAGUGUGCCACACAAUGAGAAGCAAAAGCAGGUGCACGUGAGCACCUCACCCACCAGACUGGAGGGACACAUCUGGGGCUCCAUGAGGAGGACGGCUUUCAUCCUGGGCUCUGGCCUUCUCUUGCUUGUGGCCCUCUGGAACUCAGUCACAUGGCAUCUUCAGAGAUUUUGGGGUGCUUCUGGCUACUUCUGGCAAGCCCAGUGGGAGAGGCUGCUGUCUACAUUCGAAGGGAAGGAGUGGCUCCUCUACAUUCUAGGUGCCACCCAGGUGCCCAUUCUGUUCUUCUGGACCUUGAGUGGACUUCUACUGGUGGUUGACACAACUGGAAAGCCUAACUUCAUCUCCCGCUACCGAAUUCAGGUCGGCAAGAAUGACCCUGUGGACCCCAUGAAACUACGCCAGGCUAUCCACACGGUUCUCUUCAACCAGUUGGUGAUCUCUUUCCCCAUGAUGGUCUGGCUCUAUCCCAUCCUCAAGUUGCGGGGAGACCCCUGCCGCCGAGAGCUACCCACCUUCCACUGGUUCCUCCUGGAGCUGGCAGUCUUCACGCUGAUUGAGGAAGUGCUGUUCUACUACGCACACCGCCUCCUUCACCACCCAAAACUCUACAAGAAAAUCCACAAGAAACACCACGAGUGGACAGCUCCCAUUGGUGUGAUCUCUCUCUAUGCACAUCCUAUUGAGCAUGUGGUCUCCAACAUGCUGCCGGCGAUGGUGGGUCCAAUAGUCAUGGGUUCCCACUUGUCCUCCAUCACCAUCUGGUUUUCUUUGGUCCUCAUCAUCACCAUCAUCUCCCACUGUGGCUACCACCUACCCUUCUUGCCUUCACCUGAAUUCCAUGACUACCACCAUUUCAAGUUCAACCAGUGCUAUGGGGUGCUGGGGGUGCUGGACCACCUCCACGGGACUGACACUGUGUUUAAGAAGACCAAGGCCUACGAGAGACACACGAUCCUGCUGGGCUUCACCCCGCUCUCCGAGAGCAUCCCUGAUCCCCCGAAGAAGAUGGACUAAGACACGGCCCGAGUGCCAUCCUAGCCAUGCCCUCUGCAGAGGUCUGCUAAGGUGGCCUGAGGCCUCCUGGUCGCACCUACCAACUUGUUCCU